AUGGAAGCGACCAUGCUUCGCGCGCUUCUCCUCUUUAGCCUCCUCCUCGCCGGGAAACGCUGCUGCACGGCGUCCGGUGCCGGCGGCUUUAGCGUGGAGUUCAUCCACCGUGACUCCGCCAGGUCGCCGUUCCACGAACCGGCGCUGUCCUCCCACGGCCGCAUGCUUGCGGCCGCCCGCCGCUCUCUCCAGGCCGAGGCGUCCGCACGCUCUGGCCGUAGCGCGUCGCCCGCCUCCGCACCCGCGCCCGGCGACGGCGUCGAGUCCAAGGUCAUCUCCAGGUCGUUCGAGUACCUGAUGGCCGUGAACGUCGGCACGCCGCCGAGGCAAAUGCUAGCCAUCGCCGACACAGGCAGCGACCUCGUGUGGUUCAACUGCAGGAACGGCAGCGACAGCCGCGCGCCCGCCGCGGGCGGCGCCUCGCCAUUGCCCGCCGUGUUCGACCCGUCCCGCUCGUCGACGUACGGUCUCGUGAGCUGCCAGUCCGUCGCGUGUGAGUCGCUCAGCGAGGCCUCCUGCCACGUCGUCUCCAACUGCCAGUACCAGUACUCGUACGGAGACGGCUCCCGGACGAUCGGGCUCCUGUCCACCGAGACGUUUAGCUUCGACGACGGCGGGGCCGCGCGCCGGGUGCGCGUGUCCCACGUCAACUUCGGCUGCUCGACGUACUCCGCCGGCACGUUCCGCUCCGACGGACUCGUGGGGCUCGGCGGCGGGGCCUUGUCCCUCGUGACGCAGCUCGGAGCCGCGACGCCGUUCGGGAGCAAGUUCUCCUACUGCCUGGUCCCGUUCUACUCCGCCAACUCGUCAUCCACCCUCAACUUCGGCGCCAGGGCCGUCUUGUCGGAGCCUGGCGCAGCGACCACGCCGCUGGUGCCCUCGGCCGUGGACUCGUACUACACCGUGGCCCUCGAGUCCGUUGCAGUCGGCGGGCUGGCGGUGGCAACCCAGCGCUCCCGCAUCAUCGUGGACUCCGGAACCACGCUCACGUUCCUGGACCCGGCGCUGCUGCGGCCGCUGGUGACAGAGCUGGAGCGGCGGAUCACCCUGCCGCGCGCGCAGUCGCCGGAGCAGCUGCUGGAGCUGUGCUACGACGUGAGCGGGCGGCGGGAGUGGGGGAUCCCUGACGUGACGCUGGUGUUCGGCGGCGGCGCGGCGGUGACGCUGCGAGCGGAGAACACGUUCACGAUGGUGCAGGAGGGGACGCUGUGCCUGGCGGUGGUGUCCGUGUCGCAGGGGCAGCCGGUGUCCAUUCUGGGGAACGUGGCACAGCAGAAUUUUCAUGUUGGGUACGACCUCGAGAAGCGCACCGUCACCUUCGUGGCCGCUGACUGCACCCACUCGGCGUCCACCUAA